GCGUACGUGCGCGGGUGAGGUGGAUGGCGUAAACAGGUCGUAACUGACGGAAGAAAGAAAUCAAUCCGACGAAGCGUUUCCAUUGGUUACAGGCUCCUGGUACCCAGGAAAGAGGAUGUAGCAUCUCCUGCGGUGGCUGCUUUGCAAACGGGGCAACUGUGAUGAAAGGGCGGCUGUUGUGCUGGGUAAUAUGGGGCACAUAAUGGCCAUAUGAACGUGAAGGGGAUGAUUCACCGGCAGGUGAAACUGACCCAGAACUUGUACCAGAACAGGUUUCUCGGGCUCGCAGCCAUGGCGUCUCCAUCUCGUGCAUCUCAGGGCAGGCGGCGAUGUAAGGAGCCCAUUCGUCACAGCUUCAACCCUGAGCAGUUUCCCAACGUGGACUUCCAGAACGGCGUACCGGAAGACCUGGCGGCCGCCGUGCUGCGCUCCACCAGUGACACCGAUCUGGUUACGUCCCACUGCCGCUCCACCCUCACAGUCAGCACGUCCAGCUACACGAUCGGGCAGACGCAGGACAUCACCCUCAGUUGGGACAUUAAAGAGGAGGUGGACGCGGGAGACUGGAUUGGCAUGUACCUCAUUGAUGAAGUUUUGUCGGAGAACUUUCUGGACUACAAGAACAGAGGUGUCAACGGAUCUCACAGAGGUCAGAUCGUCUGGAAGAUUGAGGCCAGCUCCUACUUUGUAGAACCGGAGACUAAGAUCUGUUUUAAAUACUAUCAUGGCGUAAGCGGAGCCCUACGGGCCACCACCCCGUGUGUGACAGUGAAGAACCCGACUGCACCGGUGUUUAAACCAGCCAACACAGAUGAUGUUCCUCAAAGCCAAGGCAGAAGACGACUCAUCAGCUUCUCUCUCUCAGAUUUCCAGGCCACAGGGCUGAAGAAGGGCAUGUUUUUUAAUCCCGACCCCUACCUAAAGAUCGCCAUCCACCCCGGCAAACACAGCAUUUUCCCUGCUCUGCCUCACCACGGCCAGGAGAAGAGAUCAGGCAUCGUCUGCAAUACCAUUAAUCCCGUUUGGCAAAGGGAGCGCUUUAACUUUGUGUCUCUGCCCACGGACGUGCUGGAGAUCGAGGUGAAGGACAAGUUUGCCAAAAGCCGACCCAUUAUAAAGCGCUUCCUGGGCAAGCUGUCCAUGCCAGUGCAGAGAUUACUGGAGAAGCAUGCCAUCGGUGACCGUGUGGUCAGCUACACCUUGGGUCGGAGGCUUCCGACAGAGCAAGUCAGCGGUCAGCUGCAGUUCAGAUUUGAAAUCACCUCUUCUAUCCAUCCAGACGAUGAGGACAUGUCUCUCAGCACAGAGCAGCCAGUAGUGGUAGAAGAUGCUCAGGUCCAACCCCAAGCAGAAGACACCAUGAGUUUGGAUCAGGGAGCUCCUGAGCUGCCACUGGACACAGACGUGGCUUCCGUAGAGAUGCCGAUGGAUGUGGAACCUGGGCCAAGUUGUGAUGCAGAUGCAGACGCAGCUGAGACAAAUCCUUUGGAGGCAGAGGAGCAGGCGCAAACAGAGCCAGAAGAGCAACAGGUGGAGAUAAUUGAAAGCCAGGAUGAUGCAGAUGAACAAAGAGCUUUGGAACAAAUGGAAGAAGGUGAGACACAGGUGGAGGCAGAAGAGAGGAACCCAGAAGAAGUAGAGACUGCUAGUGCCUUUGAUGAUGGACCUGUAGACCCCCCAGAAAACCCAGCUGUAGUUGAAGAGGACAAUUUGGACCCUGAGCAGGUCCCAGAAGAAGCAGAGGUGGAUCAAGAAGAAUGCUGUCCGCUGAGAAUCAGAACCACACCACGGCGGAAACCUCGUCCCUGUUCGCUUCCUGUUUCGGAGCUGGAGACGGUCAUCGCUUCAUCCUGCGGGGAACCGGAAACUCCACGGUCCCAUUACAUUCGAAUACACCACCUGCUGCACAGCCUUCCAUCCACAGAGCCUGAAGACCAGGGGGACACGGCCGAACCCGAGACCGACAGGCCACAGGGAGUUCAGGAGGAAGAGGAAGAAGAAGAGGAAGAGGGUACCACCAUGGAGGCUCACGCAUUAACACCCAACGGACCCCGUAGGACGCUUCCCCGCAGUCGCUCGCACGAGCGCCUGUCUGACCUCAUUCAGAUGCUCGAUGGAGAAGGCAGGCCACUCGGGGCUGAGGGUCAGGACGGAGGUCAAAGGUCACCGGGUGAAAGCGAAUGUGACUUGAGCCCAGUUCCCUGCUGCAGUCACAUGGCACAGAUGACCACAGGUCCCUUGCGGGCUCCGUCUCUAGAUAGCGCCCGUAGAUCGGAGAGCACUGUGUUUUCAUCGCAGGAUGAUGAUGAUGAUGAUGAGAUGGACAGGGUGAACGGCAUUGUGGGAUUGGAGGCUGAGACAGGACAGGGAGCUAAAAACCGAGAGCCGGGAGAUGGAACCUGUCAGUGGGAGGAAGCACCUGACAGUCACGUCCAGAGCCCGCACAGCGUUAUGGGUAAUGGAGAACCAUCUACAGCUGGACCAAGCGGCAGAAGAGACUGUCCUUUGCCUUGUAAUCACCCUGCAGUCAGUCAGUUACCCGCCCUGCGGCCGGACCCACAUCACUACCCCACCAUAGACGAACCGCUGCCUCCGAACUGGGAGGCGCGUAUCGACAGUCACGGCCGUGUGUUUUACGUGGAUCACAUCAACCGGACCACCACCUGGCAACGGCCCACGUCUGCAGCCACGCCGGAUGGCCUGCGGAGGUCCGGUUCCGUCCAGCAGAUGGAGCAACUCAACAGGAGAUAUCAGACCAUCCAGAGGACCAUGGCUCCAGAGAGGAGAGAUGAGGAAUCUGGAAGCCCCCGUAAUGAGAGGACGACCAACGCUGAGACCGACUCGCCACCACAGUCAACCGAGUUGCGGAGAGACGCUCCCUGCUCUCCAGGUCACUGUCAGAAGGUCACACUUCUGCUUCAGAGUCCAGCGGUCAAGUUCAUCACUCACCCAGAAUUCUUCACGGUGCUUCACGCUAACUACGGGGCGUAUCGUAUGUUCACCAAUAGCUCGUGUCUGAAACACAUGAUCUUGAAGAUCCGACGUGACGCUCGCAAUUUCGAGCGCUACCAGCACAACCGCGACCUCGUGACGUUCUUGAACCGCUUCGCGGAUGCCCAGCUGGAGCUGCCGCGGGGCUGGGAGAUCAAAACAGACCCGCAGGGGAAGUCUUUCUUUGUAGAUCACAACAGUCGUGCCACAACCUUCAUUGAUCCAAGAAUCCCACUGCAGAACGGCCGACUGCCCAACCACCUGACUCAUCGCCAGCACCUGCAGAGACUGCGCAGCUACAGCGCAGGAGAGGCAUCCGAGGUGUCGCGCACGCGGGGAGGGGUGUCCUUGUUAGCCAGGCCUGGAAACAGCCUGGUAGCAGCCAUACGAAGCCAAAGCCAGCAGGAACCAGUCCCAUUAGCAUACAAUGACAAGAUUGUAGCCUUUCUACGCCAGCCCAACAUCUUUGAGGUGCUACAGGAGCGACAGCCGAGCCUUGCGAGAAACCACUCGCUCAAGGAAAAGGUGCAUCACAUCCGGACUGAAGGCACUCAGAGACUGGAGAAACUCUCAUGUGAUGCUGAUCUGGUCAUACUGUUGAGUUUGUUUGAGGAGGAGAUCAUGUCUCACGUUCCUCUUACGUCGUUUUACCCUGGGUUCAACUUCUCACCACGGUGCUCCCCUGGUUCCUCCCCGCAGAACUCUCCAGGUACGCAGAGAGCUCGCGCACCAGCACCAUACCGCAGAGACUUUGAAGCCAAACUUCGCAAUUUCUACAGGAAACUGGAGGCGAAGGGCUACGGGCAGGGCCCGGGCAAAAUCAAACUGAUUGUCAGAAGAGAUCAUUUGUUGGAAGGAACGUUUAAUCAGGUCAUGGCCUACUCGCGUAAAGAGCUUCAGAGGAACAAGCUUUACAUCACCUUUGUUGGUGAAGAAGGGCUGGACUAUAGCGGACCGUCGCGAGAGUUCUUCUUCCUGUUGUCUCAAGAGCUGUUUAACCCUUACUACGGCCUGUUCGAGUACUCCGCCAAUGACACGUACACGGUCCAGAUCAGUCCCAUGUCUGCGUUUGUGGAGAACCAUUUAGAAUGGUUCCGGUUCAGUGGUCGGAUUCUCGGCCUGGCAUUGAUACAUCAGUAUUUGUUGGACGCCUUCUUUACCCGCCCGUUUUAUAAAGCUCUCCUCAGACUAGCCACAGAUCUCAGUGAUCUGGAGUAUCUGGAUGAAGAGUUUCACCAGAGCUUGCAGUGGAUGAAGGAUAAUGACAUCACAGAUGUGCUGGACCUGACCUUCACUGUCAAUGAAGAAGUAUUCGGCCAGGUGACAGAGCGAGAGCUAAAGUCGGGUGGGUCACAUGUGCAGGUAACAGAGAAGAAUAAGAAGGAAUAUAUUGAGCGUAUGGUGAAGUGGAGGGUGGAGAGAGGUGUGGUCCAGCAGACACAAGCUAUGGUCAGAGGCUUUUAUGAGGUGGUGGACUCUCGUCUGGUGUCAGUGUUUGAUGCCAGAGAGCUGGAGCUGGUCAUUGCUGGAACAGCAGAGAUUGAUUUAAAUGACUGGAGAAACAACACAGAGUACAGAGGAGGUUAUCAUGACGGGCACAUUGUCAUCCGCUGGUUCUGGGGAGCCGUAGAGCGCUUCAAUAAUGAACAGAGACUUCGACUGCUGCAGUUCGUGACGGGCACCUCCAGCGUACCGUACGAGGGCUUCACCGCCCUGCGUGGGAGCAACGGCCUGCGACGCUUUUGCAUCGAGAAGUGGGGCAAGAUCACAUCCCUGCCUAGGGCUCACACGUGCUUCAAUCGUCUGGAUCUUCCUCCCUAUCCGUCCUACACGAUGUUGUAUGAGAAACUUUUAAUCGCUGUUGAAGAGACCAGCACUUUUGGCCUUGAAUAAGGAGUUCACGCGUUCAAACCUUUAUUCCGGUGACCCGUCCGUGUUCACCGUAUGUAAUUAUCCGCUAGCGUCUCCUUCGUGUCUUGGGCUCGUUCUGAACAGCACUGCAUGCAAAAGCCACCUGCGCAGGUGGACCACGCGUAACGGGUUUGUACAAAUGAUGCUGUGUAUGCAAUAGCGAAAGAGAAGCCUUCAAUUUGCUUCAACACUCAGGGCCUCGACUUCCGCUGGAGUCUCUCCGUUCGCACACGAACGACUCGCUCGUGGCAGCCGCUAUUUCUGUUAUUGCUGUUUUACAAUAAAAAUUAAGUUAUACCAAAAACACCUACAAAAAACAUCGAGUUGCCGUAAUCUCACGGAGCACCACGGCACACACCGAGGACGCCAUCAUCAUGAAAUCACAUCACUUUGCAGGAGUCAAUGGAGGACGGAGAUACGGCAGGCCGAAACCUCAGUUUUACACUUUUAUUUGUUUUGCACUAAUCAGUAUGCUGUGAAUGGAUUUUUUUUAAACAUUCAUUUUGUAUCUCUUUCUUAUGUAAGCUCUUGAAAAUAGAUCACGGGAACUGUGGCAGGAUGUUUAAGGCUUCAUGUUGAUAUUUUUGACAUUUUUGUAUGUUUUACACAACACGUAUAUACGAACACAAAAAUCUGUGUGAUUUACAAGGUUGGGAUGCGAGAGGAGGGCAGGAUUUAUCACUUGUUGC